GCUAAGGGUGGGAAUUCUGACCUGCCUGACACUCACCUCAAAAGCAGCUCAUGCGCCCUUCUUCUUUCUCCCUUGUUACUCCACUACAACGAGGACCAACACACUGGUCUUGUUUGGCGAUGCCGCAAUUAUCUCGUCUCUAUGCGACAUUGCCUCGCCCGGCAGUUUCGACCUUCGCUGCUCGGCAUAGUGCAGCUAUUGCGCGUUUCCUUAAAACUUCCUCCAUGAUGGCCGCUGUAGCCCACCCAAUUACUACCCACGGCCCUCCCCCCGAGGCUCCAUCACCUGCGCCUUCCUUUCGUACACGCGUUGAGUUGCGAUCGGAGGGUGUAACUGAAAGCGAGACAACUGCGCGACCAGCAAAAUCCCCUACAGGACUCAAGAAGCGCUUUUGGAAGGACGUCAGUGUUAGGAAAAAGUCAGAAGGCGAUUACGAAAUCUUGCUGGACACCCGGCCCAUAAGAACGCCAGCCAAAGAUGUCUUGGCCAUACCGUCGACGAAACCCUAUCUGGCGCAUGCUAUUGCUUUGGAGUGGGAUGUGAUGACUACCGCGCAGCAAGCCCUGAAAAAUCAUUUCAUCCCGUUGACUUCUCUGACGGCGCGGGCAGCGGACAUUGCUCGAGAGGAUGAGGCGGGCACUUCCUCCGCAAGGGAUCAAAUUGUGAAAACUGCGAUGCGUUACUUAGACACCGACACUCUGCUAUGUUGGGUGCCCGAGCCCGUUGACUCUCCUGGAGAAGUCGAUGAGAAUGGUAGCAAAAUUGAAACUCUUCGAGAGGCUCAGAUGAGGGUCGCCAAUGAUACCAUUGCCUUUUUGAGUACCAGGGUUUGGCCCGGAGUCGAUCUUCAACCCAUCUUAGAUGCUAACAGCAUCUUGCCAUUAUCCCAGCCACAGGCCACUAAGGACAUUAUUCGACAAUGGGUCAUUAAUUUGCAUGCGUUUGAUCUAGCUGCGCUUGAGAGAGGCAUACUCGCAGCCAAGAGUCUUCUGAUAGCUGUCCGAUUGGUUGCUGAGUGGAGCGAGAAUUUCCGUCGCUUACAACAGCCCAGACAGAAAAGGUUUGGAAUUGAAGAGGCAGCAGAAGCGUCCAGUUUGGAAGUCAAGUGGCAGACGGAUAUGUGGGGCGAGGUGGAAGAUACACAUGAUGUUGAUAAGGAAGACCUUCGGCGACAACUGGGUAGCGUUAUCAUGAUGACGAGAGAGAUGACGGAUAGUGGUGAAGGGCACAAACGUUCCCGCAGUUCUCUGGCGCUGGCGAUUCUGCACCGAGAUAAGUCGCGAGAAGGUCGUGAGGGUAGUGCCGCUCGCGAAAACGAUCAUCCACCUGACUCUACCCCCUCCUCUCCGGUCGGCACCAGCCCGUCCUCCUUCCCAAGUAUAUCAGCCACGCGAAGCUCUAGCCACCGUAAAUCACGGCAGGAGACGAACCUGCUGUCACCAAUGGCUGCUGAACCUCCGCGAGAAUCAAUAAGCUCCCUUCGAGACGGUGACAAUAUCGAGAAACUUCCCUUCCUGUCUCACGCAGAAAGCAGCAGCAUGUCCCUGGAACAGUCGGUGCGUACUUUCCGCCUUUUUGAAAUCCUGCGGAGUGGCGACACUACCGCAAUCUCUAAAGCGAUAAAAGAGACCAAGGAGCCUCAUGGGGCGACUAGUCUUUCGGGUACGACGAUUUUACACCUAGCCAUCCAGUGCGCGGAGCCACAAGUCGUGGAGUAUGUCUUGUCCACGGGCGAAAACCUGGAUGUGAAUGCACAGGAUCGAGAUGGUAACACUCCACUCCACCUUGCCGCUCAGUUGGGAAGAGCCCCUGUGGUUCGUGAGCUACUGAAUUGGCCUUCGCUGAACGAUUCAAUCGUCAACUACGGCGGUCAAACCGCCCUUGACGUUGCACGAACCCCAGAGAUAUUCCAGCAGCUUCAGCUAGCGCGAUCACUGUUUAUUGAUGGUAAAACACAAGAGAUCCAGGCACUAGUCUCUCAAGGUGAAUAUGCGAAACUAGAGAAGGUAUUGGAAGAGCCUCGGGUUGAGGGUGCCAUGGACGUCAAUAGCCUGGAUCUAGUCACAGAUCCUGCUACCGUCCACUCUGGGGGAACGUUGCUACACGAGGGAGCAAGGAAAAAAGAUACGAAGCUGAUACAAAUCCUUCUGAUGCAUGGUGCCGACCCAUUUCGUCGAGACAAGAAGGGAAAACUCCCACAAGAUGUCACCAAGGAUGAUAAGACUCGGGCGAUCGUCAAAAAGUCUCCGGCGGCUGUUAUAGCCCAACGAGGUAUACAGGAAAAGGCCAUCCUAGGCACUAGCGCAACGGCCCCAGGUAUGUCUGGCCGGGCGGGUGCAGCCGAAGCACCUCUCGCUGGCAAAGAAGCUCGUGAGAUGAGAGGUUAUCUAAAAAAAUGGACAAAUUACACUAGUGGCUAUAAGCUACGGUGGUUUGUAUUGGAGGACGGGGUUUUGAGUUACUAUAAACAUCAAGAUGACGCGGGUUCAGCUUGCCGAGGCGCGAUCAACAUGAAGAUCGCUAGGCUUAACAUGGAUUCACAGGAUAAGACGCGUUUCGAAAUCCAUGGCAAGUCAUCAGUUAAAUACCACCUCAAGGCGAACCAUGUCGUUGAGGCUAAACGCUGGUUCUGGACGCUCAAUAACGCCAUUCAAUGGGCCAAGGAUGAAGCAAGAGCAGAAGAGAAGCGCCAGACAAGGAAUGCUGAAGUGCUACGUCAAGCGAAAAUUGGCCAGACUGAAGGCCGAUCGCCUGACAGCAUCUCAGACUCACCGGGUCAUCCUACCGUUAAAUCGAGCGGAAAGAACCUGGCUCCGCCAUCCACUGCAAUUCCGAGCAGUAGUGGUACCCGACUUAGCACCUAUGCGUCCCGUACAACGCUAGAGAGUGCUCCUGAAGACGAGGAGGGAUCGUUGUACAGCUCAUUCGAUCAUACUGCCCCACAGAAUGAGGUGCACCGUAUCACCAGUCAUAUAACAACGGCGCCCGACAUUGAUGGAGAUGAUGAUGAUGGAGACUAUGCGUCCAGCCGCGAUAUGCCAGCGACUGAUAAAGAUGCAUUGAACAUCACCGCACAGUCAACCAAGCUCCAGCUAGAAAUCCUUGCCACCGUUGCGGCCUCACUACAGGCAGAAAAGUCGAGGAACCCGAGUACCCCUCUAUCGGAUCCCGCCAUCGAGCAGGCCCUGGUAGCUUAUGGAGCGGCCGUGGGUAGCUUACAGGGCUUGGUGCAAAAUCUUCUGAAGAUCUCGCGGGAUCGCGAUGCUUAUUGGCAGUAUAGACUCAGCCGAGAGGCGUAUUUACGGAAGAUGUGGGAAGAAAGCAUGGCGAGGAUCGCACAGGAACAUGAAGAGCUGCAGUCGCGGAUGGGUGAGUCCGAGGAGAAACGCAGACGCACUAAAAGAGCUCUCAAAGAAGCUUUAGAGUCCACAACUACCGGCCAUGGCGUUGGCAUGGUCCAGUCUCGUGCGCAAAUCACAAGAGAUGAAUUUGACGACGCAAUUAUCGAGGCCGACUCACCCGAUGUGGUUGACGGGUUCUCACGUCUUGAUCAAAAGGAUCUAGGGCGACCCCUCAACCGUAAAAAGUCAGCUUUAUCCCAAAUCAGUAACCUCUGUGACUCAGCGUCCGAUGAGGAGGAUGAGUUUUUUGAUGCGAUUGACUCCGGGGAGAUUGAGGUAGAGGAUCUGACCUCUGUACAAGCAGAUGGUGAAGGGGAGGAGUAUCCAGAAGUGGGUAACAAGCUCCGAACCAUCAAGCGGACGGAAAUUCUACCCUCAUUCAAGGGAUACGAAGGGUCUGUCAGAGAACGACUGAGGAUGGACUAUGAUAAUAGGCCUAAGAUCUCACUUUGGGGUAUUUUAAAGUCUAUGAUCGGCAAGGACAUGACAAAGAUGACCCUUCCAGUCUCUUUCAAUGAGCCUACCUCAUUGCUUCAACGCGUCGCUGAAGAUUUAGAAUAUGCGGACCUUUUAGACAUUGCCGCUGACCGGCCCGACUCCAUGGAGCGACUCCUAUAUGUUGCUGCGUAUGCUGCAAGCGAAUAUGCUUCGACCAUCGGCCGUGUGGCGAAGCCUUUCAACCCCCUCUUGGGCGAGACAUUUGAAUAUGUCCGGCCGGACAAGGGCUAUCGGUUCUUUGUCGAGCAGGUUAGCCACCAUCCGCCGAUUGGUGCCGCCUGGGCCGAGUCGACUAAGUGGGAUUAUUAUGGCGAGUCUGCUCUCAAAUCAAAAUUUUAUGGGAAAUCUUUCGACAUCAAUCUCUUAGGAACAUGGUUCCUUCGAUUACGCCCGACUUCCGGAGAGGAGGAGUUGUAUACCUGGAAGAAGGUCACAUCGUCUGUGAUUGGUAUCAUUACUGGAAACCCAACUGUUGACAAUUACGGAUUAAUGGAGAUCAAGAAUUGGACAACUGGUGAGGUUUGCUACCUAGAUUUCAAACCCAGGGGAUGGAAGGCGUCAUCGGCCUACCAGGUGUCCGGAAAAGUGGUAGACCGGGAUGGAACCCCAAAAUGGAGCCUUGGGGGCCGGUGGAAUGACAAGAUCUAUGCACGCCAUACCCCCGGGUUUGAAGCAACGGUCUCUGGUCAGGAUCCAGAGUCAGCUAAGACGCUAUUGGUCUGGCAGUGUCAUGCUCGCCCAAGCGGGAUUCCCUUCAACCUGACACCGUUCGUUAUCACUCUCAACGCUCUGCCGGAACGUUUGAGGGAGUACCUUCCUCCCACAGAUACACGGCUUAGACCUGACCAGCGUGCGAUGGAAGAAGGUGAGUAUGAUUUGGCGGCUAGUGAGAAGCACCGGGUGGAAGAAAAGCAACGAGCCAAGCGCCGAGAGCGCGAGACCAAUGGCGAUGAAUAUCAGCCCAAAUGGUUCACACGGGCCCAAUGUCCGAUCACUGGGGAGGAGUACUGGGCACACAAUGGUAAUUAUUGGAAGUGCCGUGAAACCCGCGAUUGGAGUGUAUGCGAAGAUAUUUUUUAGGGAGAAAAGUAAUGUGUAUGUACAGUGCUCGGUGUUCCUUACAUUUACCGUGGUCAGAGAAUGAAU